UCUUCCUCCUUCAAAUAACCAGAACCAGCGAGCCUCCCCCCUCGAUCUACACAAGACAGAACCAAACAAGCCCACGCGCCUGCGCAAACAAGAACUGAAGAGCGCGCGGGGACAGGCUUUUCCUCGAUUUUCUCAUUGCUGUCCUCGGCCCUCUCGCCCCCGCCGCCCUAGAUCUCUCCGACGACCUCCCCUCCACUUGGUUUCGCCGAGCCCGUCAAUUCCAGCGCUCCAGCGAGGCCUCCACAUUGGGUUCUUGAGAAUGGCAGCGGCUACAUCUCACAAUGCCAUAGUGUCCACACAAUCCCACCGGUGGGACGGCAAGAGCUCUAGAUUGGACAAGGGAAGAGCCAAUGUGCGUCUGGUUUCAGUUGGAAGUUGCUGCUCAGGCAACAGAAAGUUGGGUCUGGUUUGUGCAUCGGGCUCCCAGUCUUCAGUCAUUGACCCGGUUCACCUACCCUCGAAUGGCAAGGGUGCCCACAGCCCCAAGAAAUCAAGUGAGAGUUCCCUUAUAUUGAUCCGGCACGGUGAGUCGAUGUGGAACGAGAAGAAUCUGUUUACUGGCUGCGUCGAUGUGCCCCUGACACCGAAGGGCGUGGAGGAGGCCAUCGAGGCGGGUAAGAGGAUAUGCAAUAUUCCAAUCGAUGUAAUAUUUACGUCGGCGAUGAUUCGUUCUCAGAUGACUGCAAUGCUUGCCAUGAUGCAGCAUCGGCGCAAGAAGGUUCCAAUCAUCACGCAUAAGGAGAGCGAACAAGCUCAAAGUUGGAGUCAGAUAUACAGUGAAGAUACAAAAGAACAGUCCAUUCCUGUCAUAACAGCUUGGCAACUGAACGAACGGAUGUAUGGUGAAUUGCAAGGUCUCAAUAAGCAAGAAACUGCAGACAGGUUUGGCAAAGAACAAGUUCAUGAAUGGCGCCGUAGUUACGACACUCCUCCCCCUAAUGGUGAGAGCCUAGAGAUGUGUGCAGACAGAGCCGUUUCCUAUUUCAAAGAUCAGGUUGUUCCCCAUCUCACGGCUGGAAAGCAUGUGAUGGUUGCUGCACAUGCAAACUCGCUUCGAUCAAUCAUAAUGCAUCUAGACAAAUUGACUUCUCAGGAGGUAAUCAGCCUCGAGUUGUCAACAGGCAUUCCUAUGCUCUACAUAUUUAAGGAAGGUGAGUUUAUUAGACGGGGGAGCCCAGUGGGACCUUCUGAAGCAAGUGUUUAUGCUUAUACAAGGAACUUGGCUACGUACAGAGACACGCUUGAUAGUAUGGUUCAGUGAAAGGCCUUAUAGAUUACCGUGACAUGAUAUUUGUCGAAUAUGCCAUUACUUAGCUGAAAACCGGUUAGGGGGGUAUCAGAUUACAAGCAUUCUUUUUGCUAGGAGCUAGAAGGGGAAGGUCACAAUCUGAAAACUUUCUUCUGUAACACUGAAAUCCAUGUAACUGAUCUACAAAGGGGGUAACCGAAGGCCCCCAUGUUUGUAUAUGUCAAAUGAAUUUAUUGGA